AGUUUACAAAAUGGCGUCCUGCUCUGGUGCUGCAGGGACUAGUGAGAAAGAGAAGCCGGUUUGUUCAUUUAUCAAGAAACCGAAAUUUAGGAAAGGCAAUCAGCGAAAACGAAAGGGCAGCGAUGAAGACGCUAGCAGCGAAGAUGAAACCCAGAUUGUCAAGAAAGACAAAAAAUCGGAAUUCUUGAACCCAAUGAUACAAGGUACAUCAUCAAAAAAGACGACAAAGAGCAAUGUUGCAGCGCACAGUGACAGUGAGGAAGAACCGGUGUCAGUUGGGGUGGCUUACAAGUCUGCUCGCACCACGGAAAUGGAAGGUCCCAAGGAUAUGGGAGCUACUGCCAUUCUUGAGAUAGACACGGAGAAGGACAAGGAUGCUCAGAGCAUAUUUGAGCGCUCACAGCAGAUCAACAAGGAACUGAAAGGAAAAGCUGAUGACAAGGUAUACAGAGGGGUGAAUAACUACACGCAAUACAUCACCAAGAAGGACACGGCACAGGGAAAUGCAUCAAGUGGAAUGGUCAGGAAAGGGCCGAUUCGAGCCCCAGAACAUAUCCGUUCUACUGUUCGGUGGGACUACCAACCCGAUAUUUGCAAGGACUACAAGGAGACUGGCUACUGUGGUUUUGGGGACAGCUGCAAGUUCAUGCACGACCGGUCAGACUACAAACAUGGCUGGCAGUUGGAGAUGGAAAUGGAGCGAAACCAGUACGGGGAAGAGGACACAAGUCGUUACGAAAUCAGCUCCGACGAUGAAGACUUGCCCUUCAAGUGCCUGCUAUGCCGCAAGUCCUUCGUCGACCCUGUCGUCACCAAGUGCAAGCACUAUUUUUGUGAAAAGUGUGCCCUGAAGCAUUACAAGAAAACAACACGAUGCUACGUGUGCAAUCAACAGACCAUGGGAGUCUUCAAUCCAGCUAAAGAAUUGAUUCAGAAGCUGAAGAAGGAGAGGGCAGAGGCCGCUGCAGAGAGCGAGGAGGAGAGAGAGCAGCAAGGAGAAUCUCCAGGAGACAAGGAUGAAGACAACUGACAAGUUGGAAAGAGAUGACCAGACAACUGUACACUUGCAAAUAAAGAAGUUAACCAACAACACAAA